UUUGUGAUACCCGGAAAUAAAGGCGGAGUGAGAGCUCUCCUGUUUCCCCGUCUCUCUCUCUCUCUCUCUCUCUGUGUGCCAGACAAACUGAGACAGGGACAUCAUGGACCCAAACACGACGAUUCUGCGAGUCAAGAGAAAAAGGGGGACCGACCCCGCAGAUGCGUUGUUACUGGCGUGUAAACGCAUCCGUCCAGAGACGUCCCAGAACUCCGGUGAAACGGUACCGGAGCCAAAUGAAGCCGAAGUGGAAAACUCGGUCUUCAAACUCGUGGCAACGGUGGCGACACAGGAUUCGCCUGUUCAGACGCAGGUCCGGCAGGCUUUGGCUCGGCCUCGGAUGGCCCACGCACUUCGCCCCUCUGCUGCCAGUUCACAACGGAUAAUUGGGGACCUGCGGAGCACAAAGUGGAGCACUCGGAGGGAGGAACGCUACAGAAUACUCUCCAGCCACCGUACGGGGCUGUCAAACCCAGCUGAGCAGCAAACCCCUCAGACAGAUGCUUCUGGAGAUGUGGAGGGAACUCCAAAAGAGCAGGACAAACGUUGGAGUCUAGGUGAAAUCCAGGUGGUUGAUCUCCUACACGAGAAUGGAGAGGACCCGUCCUCUGGCAAGGAGCAGUCCACGGACCCUGAAGUGAUCCUGUGUAACAGCACCAAGAUGCUGCGGGAGCGUCUGUGCGUAUCUGGCGAGAGGCUCGGGGAAGAGCACCGGGAGCUGGACGAUGACUACGUCUACGAUCUUUACUACCAGGAAACAGUCACACCAGGGUGGAUCCAGGAUGUCCUGUCUGUCAGGGCCUAUGCCGAUGAGGGAGAACUGGUGCCUGACCUCGUGGUUCAUGAAGAGGAGGUGUAUGAAGAUGAGGAUGAUGAGAACGAGGAAGCAAACUGGAGAAAUGACUACCCUGAUGAGGAGAGUGGUUCAGACAACGACCGAGAGGAGCGUUUUGGUGGUUACUGGGAGGAGGAGCACUCGUACAGCCAGAGGAGCUGGCAGCGCUACCAGAGGGAAGUGCUGCACGAGCUGGGCUGCCGUGGUGAAGAUGACGAUGCGGAUGAUGGAGACAAAUAUGAUUCUGACUGAUCUGUUCUAACCCACAGCUGUCAGUGGUUCUUCCCAAUGUCCUCUCAGAAAUAACCCCAUAGUAUAUAUCCCUGUGUAGGCGAGAGUGGAGGAAAAUAACUGCUCAGGUGGCACAGAACAGAAACAUGCCUGAAAAUUAUAACUGAAACAAAUCAAAGUGUAGCAGUUUGUGUGUAGCACUGUUCACCUGGCAGAAACAUCACAUUGUUGGUACCAGUAACAAUCCACUUGUGUUCCAAAGUCCAGUUCUAUGUAUCGGUGUGUAAGAAAAGCCAACAGUCACAAAGUUUGUCCACCAUGAAUGGUUCAGAAAGUUGCGCUUUUCGGGUGGAACCCAUCCCUCUCUACUACACAGGUAGGUGUUAUUUCCAGAAGGAUCCAGAGUGUCUUUUUUUUUUUAACUGUGGUGGAGUGAACUUGUGUGUGUGUGGGUGUUUGUCCAAAGUGGAUGUGUGUGUGUGUGUGUGUGUGUGUGUGUGUUAGAAAUGUUGCGUAUUAGUGCUACAUGCCUGGUAUGCUUUGUGCUGUUAACACUUCUGUUAGUGAGACGUCUUGGGCUGCGCGUGGUUCCAAUUUAGGGUGUUUGCAUUUUGUGCAUGGUUGUGUGUGUGUGUGUGUGUGUGUGUGUGUGUGUGUGUGUGGGUAUAAGUGUGUGUUAAGAUUUUGCAUAAUGUGAAAGUGUGGUGCAUUGUUUCUGUUGUGGAUGUGAGUUUGUUUCAGAAAUUCCCCUUUUUUGAAGUUCAGAUUGUUUGUUUCUGUUGGUUGCUUGUUGGAUUAAAGUUUUUGUAAAUAUGUAGAUGUGUAUAAAAAGAAAGCUUUCAAAAUAAACCACAAACAUCUCAGUGUCA